AAAUGCCCAAAGCCUUGUCAUGCCGUCACAUGAUUGCCACCUCACCACCUGGACCGCAGCGUCCACAGUGCAGGGAUUGCAGCUGGAUGGCUUCAUAUCCCAGACCCUGCAUCCUGAUGCUUCGACCAUCUUCGUGCUCAGCCACAGGCCUCUUCCCAUUCGUUUGUAUCCCCGAAUGGGGAGUCCGCGUGGCUUGAUACUCUUUGUGCACCGCUUUCGAGCACCGCUCCCUGUUUUCUGCCUCGCCUGUUGCCUGUGACUCUGAUCUCACUGAGCAUCCCUGGUGUCCCUUGCAUCCUCAGCCUUAUAUAAUAACUGCAUCAGUCGCUGCUGCACAUGCAUCCGAUCUCCCCGGUUGCUUUCAUGUUACCGCAGCUGAGCUGCCUCCCUUACAUUCCCACGCGGUACUGCAAGUUAUCCGUGGAUUCCGCAGCGCCAUGGCUACCAAUUACUGGAGAAAGUUGAUCAACCCUGACAAGAGCCCUUCUCCCGUUCUGGAGCAGCUCUGUUUCGGGAUCGCGAAAGUAGUGUCUACCCUCGAUUCAUCCUUCGGAACCACAGACCUGACUCCCGACCGACUAGCUGCCUUCUAUCGACAAGUAGGCGGGAAUUACGACUCGCUGUUUCUCGAAACUAGCAGUUCUGCGCUCUCCUUCAUCUACCAGUCUCUGGGAUGCUUUCACAGCCUCCAGCCAACCACCAACGCCUUUGAGCGCCCCUCGAUUCCUGCGCUACUCCCUAACGGCUUCCUGCGAUGGUUGACGAUCCAGAUUCUGCUUGACCCUGAUGAGCAUUGUCAGUAUCUACAAAAGGCUGUUGCGCAAUGGGACAUCGCAGAUAUCAACGGGAAAGUUUUCCCCAAGGAGAUUCCCAGAGACGCGUUCCCAUCUGAGCCUGACCCAGACAUGGUCGAAUGGCACCAAGGGGUUUGUCGACGAUUGGAACACGAUUAUGUGAAGGCCACUACCCCACAAUAUUCUCCACUCCACCAUCACUAUCAUCACCAUCACCAUCGAAAACCCCAGUCGCCGGAAGACAACUACUUUUCGCAUCGUCCUCAUCACCACCAUCACAGAUCGUCGCAUCAUUCGAGUGACACAGACACGGGCAGCGAUCAUCCGCCGCGAAGUAGACAUCGUGGGCAUCACGCAGCAGACUAUAAAUAUCGACCACGAAGUCGCUCACGAAGUCGCUCACGAAGACCACGCCCCGUGGCACCGACUCGAUCGUUCUCUCUAUCUCCACGACAAGAACGUUCUGCUAAAUUGCGAGGCCGCCAUUUUAGCCUGCGGGAGGAGUCACCGUCAGAUGAUUCUGAUACUUCUGAAGAAUCACAAGGUGAUCAACCAGGCAGACCGUCUUUUAGCGAUGUGCGUUAUGAUCGUGCUCGCAGACACUCGCCGCACCACAGAAGUCCCGGACGCAGUCAUUCCCAUGAUCCACUAUAUACUAGCACACGGAGACGGCACAUGUCUCCUGGCCAUCCUGGUCGAUACGAUGACGACGCUGUAUAUCCGUCGAGACAUGAAAGCCGACGGUCGUCGCAUGUGUCGUCAAACUCUUCGGCAUCGACUGCUCAUUCGAAUGGAACUGCUCCACUAAAGAGCCCGCGACGACUUGAACCCGGGCCCCGGGAGUAUGUGGCCCAUGAUAUGCCCAGCUCCGGAUCCGGUUCUGAGACUCCUCGCGGCCGACACCAUCGAUACGUAGUAUCUGUGGGGGAUCGCCGGUACCUGCCUUCGGACCGAUAUAUAGAGGCAAAUAAACACGGCCGGACCCGUCAUGAUCGUGCGGAGUCUGUCAAUUAUGCCAGUCUUCGACCGCGGCUAGAAAGAUGGACCAGUUUGGACCGUUCCAGGGCUCCGAAGGUGUAUGUGCCCCCGGAGGACCCUUAUUACGCUAGACGCGCGAAGAGGGCCGCUAUGUAUAAUUGAUUAUACGUUAUAUGCUUCGCUAUAGUGAUCCAGUCUGAGGCUGUGAUUUUCAUUGCUUUAUACGAUUUUUUUGUCUACUCUGGGCCAUCUCCACUUUCUUGCAUUGGUGCGGAAUUUCAUUGUUUUUCAUCUGGAAUGAUUUACGGCUCUGAUUUCGUCCCUAUGAAUCUCUAUUUAUGACUCACGGGCUCUUACUUUGACAUGACAUGAUAUGAUAUUAUACGAUAUGAUGCCACUUGAAUAUAACGACGGUUGAUAUGCUCUACUGGAUACUGAGCAGGGUGACUUGGUCCUGGUUCGUACUGGAAUGGCUUUGUAAAUACCUUCAGGUCUGCUGCACUCUCUUCUUCUUCGCUAGAAUUCAACUGCCUACAGGGAGGGACUAAUGCGACUAUGUCCGUUCCGUCGGUAUACGGGGAUUGGAAUGAACGCGCAAAUUGGGCAAGUCGCUAUAGAAUGACCUUCCCUAUAACAACAUGCUCAAGGGGGAAAUUUUACCUUCCUUGUGUAUCGAUUUACUAGAAAAGUACCUCUCUACAUCGCCUUAUAUCCUUCCCGAAGGUCGUGGAAGCCCUUUGAAGAAACCUACUUUGCGUCACCCAGGUGAGUUUCCUCUGAAGCUUUCCUUCAUGCUGCCAGAUAUAAAUCGGAUCACACGAAAAGGUCUCAGGAAUAAAUCGACAGCUGAAGAAGGAAUGGUUGGGUGAAGCCGAAGACAAUGGAAGACAUUGUCUCCGUGGAAAGAAACGUAUUGGCCAUUCCAGGAUCAUGAAGAAGUUAAUUAGUUAGCUCGGCUUGUUAUCAUUAUCAGUAGCCCAAAUUUCCCGAUACGGCAACCCCGCACGGGAGGAUCGUGAAA